GUGCGGUUAAUAAAUCUCUGAAACUAAUUACGAGUGCAGUAGCAAUUCUUUUUUUACUAAAAGUAAAAUAACUUUGGAACAAAAUGGCAAGCACAAGACCCCACAGGGAGAACAUGACAGACGAACAAAUUGCAGAAUUCCGUGAAGCUUUUGCUUUGUACGACAAAGACGGAGAUGGUGCGAUAUCAGCCGCCGAAUUAGGAACUGUCAUGAGGGCUUUGGGUCAAACUCCUUCCGAAGCCGAACUUAAAGGAUACGAUAACAGCGUGGCCAUGACCGUAGAUUUUCCAACGUUUUUGACAAUGAUGGCCCGACAGAUGCAGGAAGGCAGCAGUGUUGAUGAAAUCCGGGAAGCCUUCCGGGUUUUCGAUAAAGAUGGUAAUGGCCGAAUGUCCGUUGCGGAAUUGAGACACAUUUUAACAUCUCUUGGAGAACGCUUAACAGAUAAUGAGGUGGACGCAAUGAUCCGAGAAGCAGACGUAGAUAAUGAUGGGAUGUUAGAUUAUGAGCAAUUUAUUCAAGCAAUGACGAUGAGUUCAUAAUAUAAAAAUAAAUAUGUUAAUA